CGUCCCAAUACAACUUUGAGCUUCAAUAUGUGCUCGCGUAUUCAUAUGGACUGUACUUGAGUGCAUAUUACAAGAGUGAUUUAGUACAAAUCCUUGCCAUGUGUAUUCAUGUGUUUUAGAACAGUGUUCUCUUUCCAAUUUUCUCGCGUAUUUUGGGCUACUAUUCUAUUCAUACGUAUUCACUCUUUUCGAAACGCUCCAGUUCUCAUACCAUGGACGAUUGUUCAUUGCGCUAUCUUCUAAUAUGUAUUCAUGGAUGUCAAAGUACUGUCAUUCUGAUGUGUAUUCAUGCAUCUAAGACUAUUUGUCAGUAUAAUGCACUCUACAGAACGUUCUUCUUCCCAUACGACUUCACGCAUUUUCAUGGGCUGUUUUCCUACUCAUGCAUUUUGAAUGGCUCACGCCUCGCCAUACCCCGCACACUCACGAAGAGAAGAGUGCUAUUAUUCUUAUACGCAUUCACAUAUGUUCAUGCACUAUUUUCUUGUUACAUAUUCAUGCUUGUUAAAAGGCUGUUCUUCUCAUAUGUAUGCACACCUUGUCAUGCGCUAUCUCAUUAUAUUUUCAAGCUUGUUUAAAACGCUAUUCUUCUCAUAUGUAUUCACCCUUAUUCAAGCGUAGUUUUCUUGUUAAGUUUUCAGGCUUUUGCAAAGUGUUGUUCU